AUGACAUGCUACUACACCCACAACGCCCUCUUCGGGUGUCAUAACCCCAGCUGCCCCAAUAGCCGCCCCGGACGGUACGUCGGUGCCCCGCUCGAUGCCCGGCCGGGCCCACAGCCAGUUCCGCAAUACGGCUACCCGGGAGGGCCGCACCCUGGCUAUCAGGGGUAUGCACCCCGGCCGCCGAACAACUACCACCCCGAGAGCCAGUACUACGGCUACCCGCCCCCAGGCCCCGGCGCUGCUCCGGCUCCCAAUAACCAGGCCGACUACCUCCGGGAAUGGUUGAGCGACAUUGGCCGCCGCGAAAGAGCGUCUCCGUUAGAUAGGUCGGCUGAGACCCCUCCAUCCCAGUCGGCCUCCAGGGGCGGCGGCGGGCGCGGCUCGUCUCGGCCGUCUGGGUCGCAGAGGGAGGAGCGACGGGGCCGCACGCGUGGCCGGGGACAGGACCGGCGCGAGGCGGGCAGAGGGCAGCCGAGUUCGGGACGGCGGGCGAGUCGGGUUGACUUCCCUCCGGAGAUCGAGAUCGAGGAGCCUGAUGAUGGUGGUGAUGACGCCGGCGUCGAGGGGCCGCCCCCGCGGGUUCCGACGCCGCCCCGGGACCAGGGGUAUGGUUAUCGGUAUUAG